GCAACUUCCAUUCCAUGGGAAUCGAAUGGGGAACCCGCAUCUCCCCCGCUCCCAACGUGACUGAACCUGGGAUGGCAGACAGGCAGAGCAGCACCAACCGCGCAGGCGCCAAGCCUUUCCUUCCUUCCCAGUAGCAGUUGGCCAAUGCUACAACAAGCAAGCAAGCAAGGAAGGCGGCCGAACUGAACUCAUCAGAGCGAGCGCGAGCGCUCUCUGAACCCACGCGGUCAGGCGGCCACCAACGCCCGCCCCGACUCCGCGCUUCCCACGUAUCCAUCCAUGAUCCACCCAUUCAUCCCCUGAUCCCCCGUCCACACUGUUAGUUGCUGCCCUGCCCGUCUGCUCCCCCUCCCCGAGUGGCCGAGUCUCCCUCGCCCCACGAUCGGCGGCGGCGGCGUCAUGGCGGGCGAGGCCCAUCUCGACGGGGACGCGACGGCGGCGGCAGCUGCCAAGGACAAGAACGCCGAGGCCGACGCCCUGGCGGCGGCGGACGGCGCCGGCGGAGGAGGAGGGGCCAGGGCCGGCGCCGGCGGGCACAAGCUCUCGCUGGUGCCGCUCAUAUUCCUCAUCUUCUUCGAGGUGGCGGGGGGGCCCUACGGCGCCGAGCCGGCGGUGCAGUCGGCGGGCCCGCUCUACGCGCUGCUGGGCUUCCUCGUCUUCCCCUUCAUCUGGGCCGUCCCGGAGGCGCUCGUCACCGCCGAGCUCUCCACCGCCAUGCCGGGCAACGGCGGCUUCGUCCUCUGGGCCGACCGCGCCUUCGGCCCCUUCCCGGGCUCCCUCAUGGGCACCUGGAAGUACGUCUCGGGCGCCAUCAACGGCGCCGCCUUCCCCGCGCUCUGCGCCGACUACCUCGCCCGCGUCGUGCCCGCCGUCGGGGACGGCGGCCCGCGGGUCGCCGCCAUCGUCGCCUUCAACGUCGCGCUCUCCUUCCUCAACUACACGGGGCUCACCGUCGUCGGGUGGACCGCCGUCGGGCUCGGGGUCGCCUCGCUCUCGCCGUUCCUGCUCAUGUCCGCCGUCGCGCUGCCCAAGAUCCGCCCCAGGCGGUGGCGCGGCGUCGCCAAGGACAAGGACUGGAAGCUCUUCUUCAACACGCUCUUCUGGAACCUCAACUACUGGGACAGCGUCAGCACCAUGGCCGGCGAGGUGGAGCGCCCCGGGAAGACGCUGCCCAAGGCGCUCGUCGCCGCCGUCUCCAUGACCUCGCUCGGCUACCUGCUGCCGCUCAUGGCCGCCACGGGCGCCGUCGACGUCGCGCCGGAGGACUGGGGGAACGGAUUCUUCGCCGACGCCGCAGGCAUGAUCGCCGGCAAGUGGCUCAAGUACUGGAUCGAGGUGGGCGCGGUGCUGUCCUCCAUCGGCCUCUACUCGGCGACGCUGAGCAGCGCGGCGUUCCAGCUGCUGGGCAUGGCGGACCUGGGCCUCCUCCCCCGCGUCUUCGCCGUGCGCGCCCCCGUCUUCAACACGCCCUGGGUCAGCAUCGUGGCCACCAGCGCCAUCACCCUGGGCAUGUCCUUCUUCAGCUUCAACAACAUCGUGGCCGCCGCCAACUUCCUCUACAGCCUGGGCAUGCUCCUCGAGUUCGCCGCCUUCAUCUGGCUCCGCGUCAAGCGGCCCGACCUGCCGCGGCCGUACCGCGUGCCGGCGCGCCUGCCGGGCGCCGUGGCGCUCUGCCUCGUGCCAUCGGCGUUCCUCGUCUUCGUCAUGGCCAUCGCCGGGUGGAAGGUGUACGCCAUCAGCGCCGCGUUCACGGCCGCCGGGGUCGGGGUGUACUACCUCAUGCGGCUCUGCAAGGCCCGGGGCUGCCUCAGGUUCAGCAACGACGAGGGGGCGCCGGCGCCGGCGUACCAGCGCCAGGGCAGCAGGAACGGCGAUGUCUGACGAUAUCGUCGCUGGAUCGGAGGGGCCGGUCGGGAUUGUAUUCGCACGCACAUACUACGUGCACAUUUUUUGUUUCUUCUUUUCGGUGCCUGCAGCUCCGGCGUGCUGCAACUUGUAAUAUUUGUAUUUUGGACGUCGUUCUUGUGCAAAAUGCAUAGGGAUUUGUAGGAUCGUUUUUAGUGUUUGGCAGGCAUUGCCGAAGGAAUGAUUGUUUCUUGCUCCAGCGUUCCUCGUUGCUCUGGAGAAAGUCCAAAGGCAAUUCAUGA